AUGGUAUCUCACGUGAAGGAGGAACCUUUUGAAGUAUCUUUUACAGAAAAUGAUGAUCAUGAAGUAAUUGACGACUCGUUCAGUGUCCAAAAUAAUCAGUCCUCUAGAUUUUUGCAAGAAAAUUCAACCGUUCGGCUUCAAAAAUUCAACAAAACCCAUGAAAAUGAACACGACGAAAUAGACAUUGAGUUCGAAUGUAAAGAAGAAAAGCUUAAGAUGAACUCAUUACUAUUGAAGAAAAUUGACGAUUAUUCUCAAAACUAUUUGCAGGAUAUAAAAUAUAGCAGAAUUGGGGAUACCGAAAACAAUAUUAAAAUAGAAAUUGUGGGCGAAGUGAAAAAAGAAUUAUUCGAAGAUGACGAAAAAAAAUUGAUCACAAAUGUCGAGCAGGACUUCGGCAAGGAAAAUGAAUCGAGAACAAACAUUGAUACGAUGCGUAAAAGUGUUAUUUACCCGUGUCAUAAAUGUGAAAAGAUAUUUCGUCACCAGGGCAGUCUCAUAAACCACACGAAUUCGGAGCACAAGGGUGUUAAAUAUUCAUGUAAUAUUUGCGAAAAGACAUUUCGUCACAAGGGCAGUCUCAAAACCCAUAUGAAUUCGGCGCACAAGGGUGUUAAAUAUGCAUGUAAUAUUUGCGGAAAGACAUUCACACAAGGACAUUAUCUCAAAACCCACAUAAACUUAGUGCAUAAUGGUAUUAUUGUUGCUAAUACAUGCGAUUUGUGCGGCAAGAAAUUUUCGUGGAAAAAUAAUUUCACACGUCACAUUAAUACGAUGCAUAAUGGUAUCUUUCAUGCAUGUAAUAUAUGCGGAAUGAAAUCAACAACAAAAAGUCAUCUCAAGACGCACAUCGAUGCGGUACACGACGGUGUCACACAUACAUGUGAUGUAUGUGGAAAAAAAUUUCUCUAUAAGUGCAAUCUUAAUCGACACGUCAAAUCAUCGCAUCAUAUCAACUCAAAAUCCACAUAAAUACGAUGCAUAAUGGUCAAAUACGCAUAUUUUAUAGCCCAUUUAACGAUGUCGUUUAUAAUAACUUUGCAUAUUCCUACUUGUAAUUUUUACCGUGUUUCAAGGUCUGCCCUACCAUUUUUUUUAUUCUAAAAUA